GCCGACCACUGCGAGUCAACGAACUGAGCGAAGUCUUUCAUAUCCGUCUCAUCAGUACGAACCGCCGCUCUUUCUGGAUUUUGGAAACUAGAAUCUGUAUUCUUGGAUCUUGUAUCACUUUCUCUCUCUUGUCGAUUCUUACAUCUUGUGUAUCUUUAAUCCAUGGCUAGAGGCAACCAUCGGGGGCGAGGAGGCUCGAGGGGUUCACCGCGCGGCCAAUCAUCCCAAGGACGAGGUGGAUAUAGAGGAGGAGGUGCAGGGAGAGGUCGAGGUCGCGGAGGCAGGGGCGGUGCUCCCUACAUAGAUGACCUCGACUUCCCCGUGCAGGUUUGGCCAGAACACCUCACAUACAAUGGGCAUCCCAGAGGCCGGGGACGAGGUCGUGGUUCCUAUCCUGGCUCAGGCCGGGACAGUCCUGCUCCUGGAGGAACCGACAGCCCUCGUGGAAGGGGCUCAUUUAGAGGCCGUGGGCGAGGCGAGCCCACAGAUUCCGCUCGUGGACGUGGACGUCCGAGCGGAGGCCAACAGAAUUCCAAGCUGCGGGCGGGCGUACCGCUCUCCAGACUACUCAACGAAGACAGGCCGCUGCUGAGGCCUAUCGUAUUCGUGCGGUCUGUACAUACUGCCACACUAUUCCAACAGGAUGAAGAGAUCCUGCAACCUAUUGUGGAACCAGUAGCUGAUGAUGAGAAGAGCCACGUACCAACUGCAGAUCAGGUGUCGCGAAUAUUCAGCGGAGGUCGACAUGAGUCUCCCGAUCAUGCAUCCGGCGAGGAGGGAAAUCUAGAAGAGAUCGACUUUGCCGACGUAGGCAAGUUGCAAGCAGAAGUAGACGCCAUCGCAGCUACGAUGACGAGCGACGAAACGCACACUACUGCCUCGAUCGAGGCUAAGAUGACACAGGAGACCUUCACGGGCUUCUACGUCGAUACUACACCUGCACCAGUGGCAAUGCGACCGACACCCUUCGCGACUACAGAUCGUAUGGAGGGUGUGCUCGGAGAGGACGACGAAAUCAUCGUAUACGUCGCGCCUCAUCCCCGCGUCAGCCUGAGCCGAGCGACGACGCCGGCACCAGUGGCACAGACGGUAGAGAGCAUCACAACGACAUCUAUUCUCACCGGCCGCCAGCUCUUCGAGAGCCACGAGGCCAAUCACCCUGCUGCUCGCCCUCUUGCUAGUGUCCCGGAGGACCCAGUACCACCAGAGGAGCCGUCUGUCUCCGAGAACCCACAAGAAGCUCCCGCGACACCGCAAACUACCGAGCUCCUCGAGCCCCCGUCCUUCGAAACCAUCUCCUUCUCUUUCGAGAGCAACACCCGCAAGAAGCAGACGCGGAAAUUGUUCCCCGUGGGUGGCCCCCGCUCCCUUCUCCAGCGCUCCAAGAAGGCGCGGCGGCGCACGCCCCGGCGCUUCGGCGCGUUCGGCGCGCUUGCCUCAGAGGCGCAGGCGCAGCGCGAGGGGCGGGAGCGCGAUCCGCGUGAGGCCGAGCAGCGCCGCGGCGACUCGGACGUAAACUUCGGCGAGUCGAGCGACGACGAGGUCGAGGAGCUGUCGAAUGGCGUGGGGGCGAUUGGCCUGGAUGCGGACGCGGAUAUCUCGGUGGACGCGAUGAAGAGCUUCGUGAAGAGUAUGAGCGCGGAGGGAUCGAGACAUGUCACCGUGGAUGACAUCAGGGAUGGAGAGCGGAUGCGGGAGGAGGAUGACCAGGAGGCAAGGAACCUCGGGGGAAGUUCAAUAGGGAGCGAUGAGGAGAGGGAGGAGGACGAGGACAGCGAACUAGAGAAAGCGCUCCGAGCUGAGGCGAGAGCCUUGAUUGGAGAGGAUGCCGGAUAUGGGUCGGAGGAAGGCGAAGAAACCGAGGACGACGACAAGGACGACGAAUCGUCUGACGAGGAAGAUACGCCAAGAGCCGGAUUUCAGGCGAGACUGGCGAGGAUGCGCGCCAGAGACAAUGGCCGGAGCAAGGGGAAGGGCAAGGCACGACAGGAGUAUGACUCCAGCGACGAAGACAUGGAGAUCAACGUGGCUUGGGCAGACAAGGACGAGGACUUCAUCGCUGAGAUACAGGAGAUGCUCGAUGCAAACGCUCACCUAUUGUCGAACGGAGAUAGGAAGGCGAGGAAGAAGCUGUUCCAAUCUAUCGAGGACGGCGAGUUCUCCGACGAUGUGUUCGCCGACAUGAUGACACCAGCCCGUGAGCCACGACCUGGCUCUCCUAGAGCAAUGCGGUAUAAUGAUCCUGACCCUCCCUUAGCCCGAAGAAAAGACAAACAUAUCCCUUCAGAGCUCAACGACCAGUGGGAGAAGGACCGCCAGAAGAAAGCGGAGAACAAGCGCAAGCGGAGAGAAGCCAUGAUCGCAGCCGCCGCCGACCCGCUCGCGCAGCACAAAGGCGGCAAGAAAGGCAGAAAGGCAAUGCUCGCCGCCGCCAGGCUCGAAGAGUACAUGGAGGUGGAGAACCGCGUCGUCGACUUCGCGUCGCUUGAGACGCAGAUCCGGCAUUUCCUCGCGGACAUCGGUAGCAAGAGCGCCAUGGCUCUCCCGCCGUGUGACAAGGAGACGCGGAAGAAGAUACAUGACCUGGCCGAAGCGUUCAACUUAAAGAGCCAGAGCAAAGGGCAUGGGGUGGGCCGGUACACCACGCUCAUCAAGACGUCCAAGAGCGGGAUUGGGAUCAACGAGAAGAAGAUCAGACGGAUUACAAAGACGAACAAGGAUAGUACUUGGGGCGUACCCGGGAAGGGCAAGGCUAAGGGGGGCGUUUCACUUGCCAAACAUCGGGAGGGAGAGGAAGUUGGCAAGGCUGCACCCAAGAUUGGCCAGUCUAACGUUGGAUUCCGCAUGCUGGCGGCGAUGGGUUGGGCAGAAGGAGAGAGGAUCGGGUUGUCGGGUGGUUUGGACGCGCCGCUGACGGCGAAGAUGAAGAAGACUAAGCUGGGUCUCGGUGCAACUAUGUGAUGGCUCAUCCACGUCCACUUGUAUGUUACCGUACUUGUAACUUCACGCCUGCAGCUUGUUGUCGAAGCAUCGGUUUGUGUCAAUGACGCCCGGUCGCUGAACUUAAUCACACCGUUGAACCAAAUCCCAUCCCAAAUCCAAAUGUAUUCCGAGCGGAUGUCAAACACAAACCAAAGUGUAAAACAGAGGAAGAAAUCGCCAAACGACUUC